AUGAUGUCCGACAGUUUGGUAAAGACCAGAAAGGCCGGCCGUAGAGCUGAUCAACCCAAGCCCCCCCACUCGUAUAUUGCACUGAUAACAACAGCGAUCCUCAGCUCACCGAGAAAGAAGUUAACGCUCACUGAGAUCAACGAGCACUUGGUGGAGAACUACGAGUUUUUCCGCGGAUCUUACCGGGGCUGGAAGAACUCGGUACGACAUAAUCUGUCGUUUAAUAAGUGCUUUGUAAAAAUUUUGAAGGAUCCGUCGCGGCCUUGGGGAAAGGAUAAUUACUGGACAGUGCUGCUUGAUUCGUUAGAAGAAUAUGUCAGCGAAGAUGGCAAUUUCAGAAGAAGAAGAAAGCGUCAACCAAAAGUAAAAGAGAAGGCUUACUUAGACGGACGCGAAAGCAAAGUACAUGCACGAGACGCUAUCGGCAAGACGUUAAGAUCUGGCGUUGAUAACAACCCCCAUAUUAAGUCCAACCCAGAAGUAUAUUCACAGGGCAAGGGAAAUAUCGAUCUUGACAGGUUCUCCAUAGACAGAUUGUUGAGGAAUGAAAACAGAGUUCGAAACGACGAAAGGUUUGGUCAUCAGAUGCUUGCUGGCGUCAAAUCAAGAUUGCAAGGUAUGAAGGCAAUAAGGCGUAAUUUUCUAAACUGCAAAAAAGUAAUUUAAUUAACUCCUUUUCAGACAGUUCCCCGGGGUAGUUUACAGUAAGUACAGCAGAAAACAUUCUUACAUCCAGACACGCAAGAACAGGCAGACCACCGCGCUAAGAAUAUUUACUCCAGUUUGACACUAUUAAGUACUAUUUAUAGGGACGUAGCUACUAUUAUAAUGAAGCUUAACAAAAAUUAAAUAUUUUAUAUAACCACGGAGUCAAACUUUGUGGUAGUAUCUAUCCAAAAAGUAUUAAUAACAAAUCUAGUAGAUCUGAUUUGGUUGCGUCAUACGAAACCCUCAAAAGGUACAUUAUCGUACAUUUUGAUACUAAACUUCACCUAGUUUACGAAACUUGGCCGCGGAUUGUAGAUUUAUUCAAAGACUAACAACAACAAAACGAACGUAUGCAGCAAGAACGGAAUAAACUUCUUUUAUUCAAUCUUUUCACUCUCGAGCCAGAUUUGCACCGAUAAACAAACAUGUCAGAGUUAAACAAAACUGACGUAGAAUCCCCAUGAAGGGGCCAUGUGCCGAUGUGUGCAUGACUUUGUAAACAUUAGAACAUCGUUUUAAGUUCAUUAUUUUCUUUAAUUACCCUUGUUAAUUGUUGCUGUUUAGUUUUAAUCUAACUUCUUUGUCUACAAAUUAUCAAUUUCAAAUUUGUGUCUUUUAGCAAAAAUUUUCGUCGCGAAAUACCGCGUGAAAACGACUUGAAAAGCUUUUCAAAAUCACCCUUAAUACGAAAAAAAGGUUACUUGGGAGCGCUUAAGUCCUCAGCGGUUUUCUCCUCUUUUCCAUUUUAAAUCCUUCCAAUACCGUGCAGGAAUUAAAUACUAGUUUUCCACACCGACGACCAUACAUGUUUUUGUUGGUGUUACAUCAAGAUUUACGUUUUCUUGCAAGACAACAUGUCCUAGUCCUCUUACCCUUAGUUCAAAUGAUUUUGAAUGUAUCACCUUACAUUCUAGACAAUGCGGGCACUUAGCAGACCAGAAGCGACUUACAUGAGUCGCUAAAUCUUAUUUUCUCUCCCUCACUUCAGUCGACCACCACAUCUCCCUUUUUUUUUUUUUUUCGUUAGGUUAAAGGAAAUAAAAAAUUUAACCUCAAUUUUUCCCGCUUUACAUUUACAGGAAGUAUAGGGCAGGGAUUUGAUCAUCCAAGCAUUCUAGACUAUCAACACGAUGUAUGGGAACGAAGAGUCAGUGCCUUCCCUGACCAGCCGCGCUACCUUGGACAGAACACGCCCUUCGGUCCGCCAUCUUGGAUUCACAUGGACUCGUCUCAUCAAAACAAAAGUUUUUAUCCCUAUCUUCCCAGAACCCAAGCUGUAACAUAUCCUUAUUGUAUUUGACACAUAUUUGCUUGAAUCACGAGUUUCGGACCAAGUUUUUAAGCGGCAUCUGACGUACAGAUGCAAAAAUUUUCAUUCACUGGAUUUCAUUAUGAAUCGUUGUGUUUUUUCAUAGCGUAGACCAUGAAGAUCGCCAAGUUUCUACCUUACCGUAUUUUAAGCGUUGGAAACUUGAGAGAGUUGGAAACUGCCAGUUAUCCACGACUAAAUGUGUUGAUCCAGUCAUUUGAAAAUUGGGGAAAGUUGUAUUCUUGUUCAUAAUCUACCAAACAGUUGUAAGUUUGUUACAGUUUGACCGAAAGAUGCUUCUAAUUACAGUUACUGCGUGAUGGUUUUUGUUUCCUACCAUAAAGUUCCAUGGCCAACGACAAAAGCGACCGAAGAAAACUCCGCAACAGCAAACAAUAAAGUUAUUUCAGUUUUUUUUAGUUUAAACUAAACACGUAAGAGUUGACAUACCGUAUUAAAGAAGAGCUGAAUAGUUAUGUUAAAUGUUGGGAAGAGUACUCCGUAAGUUUUUGACUUACACUGGUAACUUAACAUGCGCA